AACAAUCGCAACCGCAAGCCACCUUGCUCUGCUUGCUACUCUCGUUGUUGGCGCGGCGCGGCCCGGCCUUGGGGGGGGAUGGAUGGGGAUGUGGCUGGGGUGGGAGUGGGAGCAGCCAUAGAUUUCCUCCUCCUCCUCCUCCCUUAGCCGCCACCACCACCUCCCUCCACCACCAUGCCGUCACCAUCCCAGCCGUCCUCCUCCUCCUCCCCCAAGCUUCUCAACCCUAGCCGCAACGCAAACCCUCCACUCCUCCUCUCCCCUUAGCCCCCCCCUAACGCCGCCGCAAAUUAACCGACGUCGACGAUGAUGCAGACUGCCGGGCGCCGCCGCCACCGAUGGGUCAAGGAGUGGGUUCCGCAGGAUCUGGUCGUCGCCGGUGGCCCAUGCGCGCUCUACAAAUGGGUGCGAGAGGAUAGGUUGUCAGCUCUCAAAUCCAGGGACAAGGAACAAGAAGCAGAACUGGCAAAACCUGAACCAACCACCGAGGUUCUCUUCCUGUGCAGCUAUGAGGGCUGCGGGAAAACUUUUGUUGAUGCAGGGGCUCUUAGGAAACAUGCUCAUGUUCACGGGGAGAGGCAGUAUGUGUGUCACUAUGCCGGUUGCGACAAGAAAUUUUUAGACAGCUCUAAGCUGAAGAGGCAUUUUCUUAUUCAUACAGGAGAGAAGAACUUUGUCUGCCCUCAUGAAGGCUGUGGAAAGGCUUUCUCAUUGGAUUUUAAUUUAAAGGCACACAUGAAAACACAUUCUGUGGAUAACUAUCAUGUGUGCAAGUACCCAGAAUGUGCUCGAAGGUUUACACAGGAAUCAAAAUUAAGGGCUCAUAUCAAGCAACAGCAUGAAAAGGGUGGUCUCCAGAAUCCAGGUGGGUCUGCAACAAACCGCAGUGGUCUAGCAGACCACUCCCAUAAUAGUCACACACCGAAACCGUCAGCAGCUCCACCCACUCCCUCAGCUGAUCGCCCAUACGUCUGUCCUUAUGAUGGUUGUGCCAAGGCAUACAUUCAUGAGUACAAACUUAACCUCCAUCUGAAGAAAGAGCACCCUAAUCACUACCAGGAUGCCGGUGCUCAAGCCGCCUCUUCGAAGAUGUCGAAGCGAAGAAGCAAGCCCUCCUUGACGGCCAAGAUGCCACUGCCCAAGGUCCCUAAGCGCAGGGGUUACACAGAGCCAUACCAACCUCCUGUUAGUGUUGUCGAAGAGCACCAGUGGCCGAGGAAUGUGCUGUACGAGGACGAUAGCGAGGAGACUGAGGAAGAGGGAGAUAAUGUUGGGGACGGGGCGAGGUACAGAGCUGCUAGCAGCGACGACGAUGAGGAGACUGAGGACGAAGAAUGAGCUGCUCAGAUCAGUCGUUUUUUCAUCCAGUGCUUGUGCAUAUGAUUUACAAAAUCUUAGCUUUUGGGUUAUAGUUUUGCAUACAUGUACAAUAUUCAAAAUAAGGCUGGGUAGUUGGUCAGAAUUGAGAAUUACCCCCCUUCCUUCUGAAUUAUGCAGGUUGGUAAUGUUGGGCUGCUCCCAUUAAUCAAAUUCAAAAGGACAAUCACAGAAUACAAUCAUUGUUUGCAACCUUUUAUGCUUUCA